AUUCUAUCACCUUUACAUCUUCCAUUUACCAAAGCUAAUAAGCACCUAAGAUUCUUAGUUUGUUCACUUAAUAUCACCAUAUAGUUGCAUGUUCAAGAUGAGUAUUUCAGCCAACUCAUUUGCAGCCAUUGCUGCUAUAUUUUCACUUCUGCUGCUUUCUAGCAUGCAAUGCCAUGCGCAACUUUCUUCCACAUUCUAUGAUCGCACUUGUCCUAAUGCUCUAACCAUGAUUCGUACAAGUGUUAGACAAGCUGUUUCACGAGAACGUCGCAUGGCUGCAUCCCUUAUUCGCCUUCAUUUUCAUGAUUGCUUUGUUCAGGGUUGUGAUGCUUCUAUCUUACUUGAUGAGACCCCUACGAUUGUCAGUGAGAAAACGGCAUUGCCAAAUCUUGGGUCAGCUAGAGGCUAUGGUAUUAUAGAAGAUGCAAAAAGGGAGCUUGAGAAAACAUGUCCAGGAAUUGUAUCAUGCGCAGAUAUACUUGCAGUUGCUGCUAGGGAUGCAUCCACUCUAGUUGGAGGUCCAUCAUGGGCAGUGAAACUCGGAAGAAGAGAUUCAACCACUGCAAGUCAUACUCUUGCAGAAACUGAUCUUCCUGGUCCUUUUGAUCCUCUUGAUAGGCUUAUUUCUGGCUUUGCCAACAAGGGUCUUAGUACAAGGGACAUGGUUGCUUUAUCAGGAGCACAUUCAAUAGGUCAAGCGCAAUGCUUCCUUUUCCGUGAUAGGAUUUAUAGUAAUGGAACAGACAUCGAUGCUGGAUUUGCUAGCACUAGAAGACGUAGGUGUCCUCAAGAAGACCAAAAUGGAAACUUAGCUCCACUUGAUUUGGUUACACCCAAUCAAUUAGAUAACAACUACUUCAAGAACUUGAGGCAAAGAAAAGGUCUUCUUCAAUCGGAUCAAGUCCUCUUGAGUGGUGGAUCCACUGAUAAUAUUGUUUUGGAAUAUAGCAAUAGUCCUCGAGCAUUUGCCUCUGAUUUCGCGGCUGCCAUGAUUAGAAUGGGAGAUAUCAGUCCCCUAACUGGUCAAAAUGGGAUCAUAAGAACUGUUUGUGGAUCUAUAAAUUGAUUUUUCCUAAGCUAGCCUACUACUUGUAUGAUUGUUAAGUGUAUUUGUAUUCAUUUGAUUCUUUCCCUAUGCAUUGUUUAAGAGUAAAAUAAAUUCUUCGUUGUGCUCC